AGUGCGAGGGAGGCCCAGGCGGCCGGGCCGGGCCGGAGGGCGGCAUCAUGUCCCGCCAGGCGAGCAGGGCCACCGACAGCAAAAAAAUGAGCUCUGAGCUUUUCACCCUGACUUAUGGCGCCCUGGUCACCCAGCUGUGCAAGGACUAUGAGAACGAUGAUGAUGUGAACAAACAACUGGAUAAGAUGGGCUAUAACAUCGGUGUCCGGCUGAUUGAAGAUUUCCUGGCACGGUCAAACGUCGGGCGAUGCCAUGACUUUCGGGAAACGGCAGAUGUCAUUGCCAAGGUGGCAUUUAAAAUGUAUCUGGGCAUCACGCCAAGCAUCACCAACUGGAGCCCCGCUGGGGACGAGUUCUCCCUCAUCUUGGAAAACAACCCCCUGGUGGACUUUGUGGAGCUGCCCGAUCACCACUCAACCCUCAUCUACUCCAACCUCCUGUGCGGGGUCCUGCGGGGAGCACUAGAAAUGGUUCAGAUGGCAGUGGACGUGAAGUUUCUCCAGGACACUCUGAAGGGGGACGGCGUGACAGAAAUCAGGAUGAAGUUCAUCAGGCGGAUCGAGGACAAUCUCCCGGCUGGAGAGGAGUGACCGUCCCUGAGUGGGCCUAUGGACUGAUCGACACUCUCUGACCCACCCCUCUUCCCUCCAACACCCCCCCCACCCCAGGAGGAGGGGUGGUGUCACAGUCAUCAGGCCCCUUCCUACUUCUGCCCCGUAGAACUCAGUGACUCUACUUAAGAUGUUAUAUACUCUUCCGACCUGGGUUCCAUUUUCCAUGCUAAUAAAAAGCGGACUUGUGCGGGAUAGUUCAUUUCUCCCACAAGUGUGUGUGCUACUGAUCUCCCUCCGAAAGGAGAAUCUGUUUUUUCUUUUCUUUUGCACUCCUGGGGGCAAAGCACGCCCCGCUGUUUUUCACUUUCGGUAAGUAGCGGAAUGAAAACUUCGCCGAGCAGACCAAAAUGAGUAACUCAACAUCCUCGAUUGCGUUUCCAAAGCAAAAGCCCCUUGACCCGAUUAAGCCUGGCCUGGCUCUGAGCGAUUCCGGCCUUCGGGAACGGGGUCUGAGUGCCGGGAAGCAGGUCCAGGAAGGGGUGGGAGCCACCACCCUGGAUGACACAAGGGGCCAACCGGUGAAGAAGGCAGCGGGAAAUGCAGGCCUUCCCCAGCUCUGUGACCAGGUAUUGGUUUUUUGGUUUUGUCUUUUUUUUUUUUCCGGUCUUUUGUGCUGAUGCUGUUUUGAGCGAACACAUCCCCUCCUUUUCUGGAGGGUCCAUCCUUUUUUACAAAAGUCUUCAAUAAAGAUAACGUUCUUGAGUGAAACCAUCGA